AUGCCGUAUACGCCGUCUGGCUUUUUCUGCGACCGGCUGAUCCGGGAACGGGAGCGCAGGGACGGGGAAGGGUCCCUGAACAAGCCCCUGCGCUUCAACGGGCAGGACUUCAGCAACCUGAGACAGGAGUGCCUCCAGAAGAAGAGCCUGUUCGAGGAUGACUCCUUCCCGGCCACCGUGGAGUCGCUGGGCUUCAAGGAGCUCGGACACAAGUCUAACAAGGUCAAGAACAUCGUCUGGAAGAGGCCCAAGGAAAUCUGUGAGAACCCUCAGUUCAUUGUCGGAGGAGCCAGCAGGACAGACAUCUGCCAGGGAGAUCUGGGUGACUGCUGGUUGCUGGCUGCCAUCGCCUGUCUCACCCUGAAUGAGAAGCUUCUGUACCGAGUGGUUCCUCAGGAGCAAAGCUUCUCAGAAGGCUACGGAGGCAUCUUCCACUUCCAGUUCUGGCGCUAUGGCGACUGGGUCGAUGUCGUCAUUGACGACCGCAUCCCAACCUUCAACAACCAGCUGGUUUUCACCAAAUCCGCUGAGAGGAAUGAGUUCUGGAGCGCCCUGCUGGAGAAGGCCUACGCCAAGCUUCACGGCUCCUACGAGGCCCUGAAGGGAGGAAACACCACCGAGGCCAUGGAGGACUUCACUGGUGGAGUCACUGAGUUCUACGAGAUGAAGGAAGCUCCCAAAGAGCUCUACAAGAUCAUGAAGAAAGCUCUGGAGAGAGGCUCGCUCAUGGGCUGCUCCAUCGACUCCCUGGUUCCUGCUCGCUUCGAGACUCGUACGGUGACGGGACUCGUGAAGGGUCACGCCUACUCUGUGACGGCCGUGGAGGAGUGUAAAGCGUCACAGCACAAGGAGUCUAAAGUCCGUCUGGUGCGUCUCAGGAAUCCUUGGGGUCAAGUUGAAUGGAACGGCCCCUGGAGUGACAACUCAAAGGAGUGGGCCACGCUCUCCAAGUCUGAAAAAGAGAAGCUGCAGCACCAGAGCGCCGAGGACGGAGAGUUCUGGAUGUCGUUCGAGGACUUCAAGAAGAAUUACACCAAGAUCGAGAUCUGUAACCUGACCCCCGACGCCCUGGAGGACGACAAGAUCCACAAGUGGACGGUUUCUGUGAACGAGGGCCGCUGGGUGCGAGGCUGUUCCGCCGGAGGCUGCAGGAACUACCCAGACACCUUCUGGACCAACCCUCAGUACCGCCUCCGCCUGCUGGAGGAGGACGACGACCCCGAGGACAACGAGGUGGGCUGCACCUUCGUGGUGGCGCUGAUGCAGAAGAACCGGCGGAAAGAGCGCAAGAUGGGAGCCAAUCUGUUCACCAUCGGAUUCGCCAUCUACGAGGUGCCGAAGGAGAUGCACGGAAACAAGCAGCACAUGCAGAAGGACUUCUUCCUCUUGAACUCCUCCAAGGCUCGCUGCAAGUCCUACAUCAACCUGCGCGAGGUGACGCAGCGUUUCCGCCUGAGCCCCGGCGAGUACGUCAUCGUCCCCUCCACCUACGAGCCCCACCAGGAGGGCGAGUUCAUCCUGCGAGUCUUCUCUGAAAAGAGGAACACCUCAGAGGAGAUAGAGAACAGGAUCGAGGCCGACCAUCCGGUGCCGGCUCCGGCCUCGGCGGGGGAAGAGAGCGAGGAGGACCAGCAGUUCCUGACAAUUUUUCAGGAGAUAGCCGGCGAAGUGAGUACAAGAAAACAGGUGACUCGACUCUCGCAGGAAAUGGAAAUCACAGCCAGCGAACUGAAGAACGUUCUCAACAGAGUGAUCACCAAACAUAAGGAGCUGAACACGGAGGGCUUCAGCCUGGAGAGCUGCAGGAGCAUGAUUGCUCUGAUGGACAUGGACGGAACAGGACGACUCAACCUGCAGGAGUUCAGACAUCUGUGGAACAAGAUCAAGCAGUGGCAGGGAAUCUUUCAGCACUACAACGCUGACCAGUCCGGCAGCAUCAACAGCUACGAGAUGAGGAACGCCGUCAACGACGCAGGCUUCCGUCUCAACAACCAGCUGUACGACAUCAUCACCAUGCGCUACGCCAACGAGAGCAUGAACAUCGACUUCGACAGCUUCAUCAGCUGUCUGGUUCGGCUCGAAGCCAUGUUCAGGGCGUUCCAGGCCUUCGACCAGGACGGAGAUGGAACCAUCAGACUCAGUGUCCUGGAGUGGCUCCAGUUGACCAUGUACGCCUAAAAACAAAAAAAAAGGCCAGCUUCUCCCAGGUGA